CUCUCACUCUCAUUCUCAAAAUGGGAAUGCCAGCAGGGGAACUCUGCAGGCAACAGUAUUCAUAUUCUCCUCCUCCUCCUCCUCCCAUUUUCUCCAAUCUGAGUUCGGAUUCUGGUUCAUUCACUGGAGCCAGUGGAGGGUUGUUUCUCGAACCGGAAAUUCCUGAUUGCAUUGUUCGUUAUUUUUCGUUGAGGAUCCUUGCAACAACUGCUUCUUCUGAAUCCAAUCGGAGGAGGGUUCCGGGUGGGUGUUUUAUGUCAGUGAGCUUGCCAAGUGCUAAGCUUGUUGCCGAACCCCAACUGGAUGGUGGGGACCACAAGGAGACAACCUCCGACGGUGUCGUUCGGCCACCCAAGGUUAGGGUACGAGGAGGUAAUGCCGUCAACACAACAAAACACCUUUGGGCUGGUGCUAUUGCUGCUAUGGUUUCUAGAACUUGUGUUGCCCCGCUCGAGAGACUUAAGCUGGAAUAUAUAGUUCGGGGUGAGAAGAAGAAUAUAUUUGAGCUUAUUAGAACAAUUGCUACUUCUCAAGGUUUGAGAGGCUUUUGGAAGGGGAACCUUGUAAACAUUCUUCGAACAGCUCCAUUCAAAGCGGUUAAUUUUUGUGCUUAUGAUACAUAUAGAAAGCAACUACUCAUAUUCUCUGGAAAUGAGGAAACUACCAAUUUUGAGAGGUUUAUUGCUGGUGCUGCAGCUGGGAUCACUGCUACUGUUAUUUGUCUGCCACUUGACACUAUCCGGACCAAGUUGGUGGCACCUGGUGGAGAAGCUCUGGGCGGUGUAAUUGGUGCUUUCCAAUACAUGAUUCGAACUGAAGGAUUUUUUUCUCUUUACAAGGGUUUAGUACCAUCAAUUAUAAGUAUGGCUCCUUCGGGUGCAGUUUUUUAUGGUGUAUAUGAUAUACUGAAAUCGGCUUAUCUGCAUUCACCGGAAGGAAUGAAGAGAAUCCAGAAUAUGCAUAAACGGGGGCAGGAACUGAGUGCCUUUGAUCAGCUUGAGUUGGGGCCAGUAAGGACUUUGUUGUAUGGGGCUAUUGCUGGUGCAUGUGCAGAAGCUGCUACAUACCCAUUUGAAGUGGUGAGGAGGCAGCUUCAAUUGCAAGCCCAGUCAGCUAAAUUAAGUUCUCUAGCAACUUGUGUCAAAAUAGUGGAUCAAGGAGGCAUUCCAGCUCUCUAUGCAGGUCUUAUUCCCAGCUUACUACAGGUACUUCCUUCAGCUUCAAUAAGUUACUUUGUCUAUGAGUUCAUGAAGAUUGUUCUCAAAGUGGAGUAGGCUAUUAAUAGAUUCUCAGGUAUAUUCUGAUGAGAAGCUGUAGUAUGAUUUAUCAGCGACCACCUAAUAUAGUUGCAGAAUGGUAACGUUGAACUUCAAUUGGCAAUCAUAUUUGAUGUCUGCCUUUGACGAUGAAAGCAUAAUUCAGGUCUACACUCCCGUAAAUUUGCAUGUAUUACUAACAGACGUUUUUUGGAUUGACUCUACGGUUACCCAGGCUUCAAGUCUGCAAAUAAAUUUAUUUAGUCACUGCCAGAACUUGACUCAUAUUCUUAUUGGGUCAACACAUUUUUGGUAAAACUUUUUUCCAUCUUGCAGUUGGUCAUGAUCAUUAUCAUGGGUGUCCAAGCAAGUACCGUUACUUUAAGUUGUAACUUGUAACGUACAUUACCUUAUCAAAUGAUUGGUGGGAUUGUGAAUCCUAUAUUGAGAAAGGAACGUUCCA